AUAUCGAACUGUUUUGCGAGUGUACGUGUUGGACGUCGACUUUGCGUGCGCUUCCUCCCCCCCCUCCGACCAACAUAUCGGCUAGACUGGUGAUUUACACGAGUGUGCUGGCACGGCGGCACAACUGCAACUAGUUGUCGUGUUUCUCUUGUCGUCGGACGUCGAGGGUGUUGCGGUUUCUUCGCAGCAGUAUUUACCUCAGUAUCAAGAGUCACUGUUUUGCGUCGCGAUCGUUAUACCAUGGUAUAAGUUCACGAUCGUAAUACUAUAAUAUAAGUUCCCGAUUGCCGCUUGCCACCGCCAGGCUGAUCACCCGGAAUAACUCGUCCACCGCCUAUUCCGAUCACCACCGCCGACCAACAACAUCAUCGCCUCCGUCGUUAUAUAUUUUAUGAACUCCAAAACCUGGACUUCAUAUACCAAUUACAAUGCAAAAUAAAAAGGAAAAAAAAGAAUCUGGAAGAUGUGAAAAACUUGCUAAAUACGAAUAUAAAAAAUUGUUUUACGCAGAGACAUAUGAAGUGUUACAAGUGUUACGUCACAAUGGGUUUUUUUCUGAUAUUAAACUUAAAGCAGACGAUAACAAAAUCGUAAUCGCACACAAAGUGGUUUUAGCAUCAGCUAGUCCAUAUUUCUAUGCAAUGUUCACCAAAUUUUCAGAAAGGAAUCAUGAACUUGUUGUAAUGAGAGGGAUAGAUUCAUCCGCUUUACAGCUGUUAGUAAACUUUCUUUAUUCUGGAAAAAUAUUGAUCACUGAAGAAAACGUCCAGGAUUUAUUGCCAGCUUCAAAUCUCUUGCAAUUACAAGAAGUAAAAGAGGCGUGUUGUGAUUUUUUACAGUCACAACUGUGUCACACAAAUUGUAUUGGUAUAUUCGCCAUAGCUGAUUUACAUAGCUGUGCGAAAUUGUUAACAAGUUCAAAAUUUUAUAUUCAACAACACUUUUCAGAAGUCGUUGGUGAUGACGAAUUCCUAUCGUUAUCAUCGGACCAAGUAAUUCAGUUGAUCUCUAGUGAUAAACUUACAGUUCCAUCUGAAGAAAAAGUAUUUGAAAGUGUUAUUCGUUGGGUAAAAUAUGAAUCAGGUUCAAGAAAAUGUAUUUUACCCCAAUUAAUGGAACACGUACGGUUACCAUUAACAUCAAAGAUUUACAUAAAUAAAGAAGUAGUUAAGGAAUGCCUUAUAAAUAAUUGUCAUAAAUAUAUAAUUAUAAUUUAUUAAGGUAAAGAUUACAUAAACGAGGCAUUAAAUGUUCAUAGACUGAAGUCAAAAGACCUGAUUACACACAACAUCCGGAAUAAUCCUAGACAUGGAGAUA